UGCACGUCAAACCGUCAAACGCUAAAAAUUAUGGAGUUUCGCCGCUUUUGUCACAAAAUGUUGAUCAAAUUAUUUAUUUUAGAACAUUAACAUAACUGAAUUACUCGCUAUAUCAAAAAAUAACUAUGUGCUUUGUGUUGUGCGUCUAAUUCUGAUAAAGUUUUAGUGUAAUACGGUGUGAAUAUUGACUCUUUACCAGUUUGUUUGGUGGUGAUUCUUUGGAUGCGCGCGCCGUGCGAGUGACUUCUGCCACCUGUGUUCUCUUCUAACUUAUUUUGGAAAAGAGAUCCGACAAUCUCGGUGAUCAACCUAUGAGUCGACGGUGAAUCACCCACUGACGUAAAAGGUCGGCGGGCGGAGCAGACGUCCCCACGCUGCCGUCAUGACGCUGCACUGGUGGAUGCACUGGUUCUGGGUGACAAUGCUCCUCGCUGUUAUAGCGAGCACCGGAAGAAACCUCGCAGCGCCCCAAACUGAAGAGUUGCAACACUAUGCAGACUUUGAAAUUGAACCCCAUGUCUCGGAGAGACAAGCAAGGGCUAUGUACUUCACAAAGACUCCACAAAAUACUAAUGUAAACAAAACAACCCCAAUAACGCAGAAGAAUACCACAGAAAAAGAAACAGCAAAAAUAGACAAUCCAACAAAUGUAACAUCCAAUAAUGCAACUGAGAUACAGACAAGGAUAAAAUGGACCCCCAUAAACAUAACAGACACUAAUGUCUCCAUUGUAUCACUGCCUGAGAACACUACAAAUGUUAACUUAACUGUAACAGAUUACACAAAUAUGACAGAAUCUCAAAACUCCACAUUUGCUAAGAAACGCAACUUAACAAGACCCGAUUUUGUCAAAGAAGAUCUGACUUUAGAAGGAGCGUCUGAAAGUCGAAUAGUGACGGAGAAACCAUUGUCUUUAGAGACGGCGUUUCUACAAACAAGAAUCCCGCCGAACGUAGAAAGUUCUAGAAGGAUAAUAGAUACAAGUGACGGGGGUAUGGACACUGGAGCGAUAGCUGGCAUAUCGUUCGCGGCUUUGGUGCUGGCUGCGCUGGCUGGGAGUACUGCAUUCAUUCUGUACCGUAGAAGGUACUUGAACAAACCACAGACUUUGAAUGACAAGUGCUCGAAUCCGGAUUCGAGCGGAUAUCUGGACGACAGUACUAUCCGGGAUAACUCGGAGGAAAUGUACAGUCUGGACAACGAUUCAUUCCUUAACUCGUUAGAGGCGAUGACGAUCCAGAACUAUUGGACUGACACGGUGAAGCACACCAAGCUUUAAUAUGACAUUCACCAAUAGUGUUUCAACCAACAUACGUCCACUGCUGGACAUGUUUUAUACCUGAUUCCCACGGAGCGUGGUUCUGCGGAAUAUCACGUACGGCUGACGACCACUGACAGCUACGCAUCGCGCACAAGGCUCGGUCGACAUGUCUGCGCUACCAAUGACGAUAGUUUUCCCACAGUGCGUCGGUGCGCGCUAGUUCGUGUCCGUCCGCAAUACCACGCGCCGUGGGAAGCCGGCAUAACAAAGAAUUCCUCAGAACAUAUGUCCAGCAAUUCCCAGUGCUUAAAGAUGGACUCACGUUCCAUGAGUGGUCUCCCAACCCUAUAUUUUCCGUUGUGAAGUCGUCAUACAAACACCUUGGGACCCCACCGUCUAUCGGUUUGUUGAACAUGACAUUAAAUGAACUAUUUGUGACAUUUUGACUAAAAUUAGUCUCGUUAGUGAUUAUUAAAACAAUUUCGUUAAAUUCUAUACUUAAUAUAUUGACAAAAAUUAGUGAUAUUUUGACUAAAAUUCGUAUCAUUGGUGGCUAACUAAAUGAUAUUAAAACAUUUUCAGUUUGAUUGACAAAUUCUUAGGACACAAAACAUAUUUAUUCAUGAUGCACUUGGUUUACGUAAAAUCCCAGUUUAUGUCAGUUUACUAAAUGUAACUAUUAUUAAAAAUAUUAUUUAAAUACUACCACAUAGUACACUAAAAUUUGGCUUUUAUGAAAAAUAUAAAGACUAAUCACUAAGGUCACAUUUCAAAAUAUCCUUUACAAAAAGGAUAUUUCGUAAGAUGAUAUUUUUAAAGAGAUUUAGUUAAAGUUUAGUGUUGAUUUGAUUAGCUCUUGACUAAUUUGAAUUUACUGGAUGAAAAUUAUUUUCUUUAUAGAAUUAAUUUUACUUAAGUACUUAAACUACAGAAUAUAUUUCUUUUACUUGUGUAGUACCUAGGUACUAAUGAAAUUAAUUUCAUUCAUAUAUCAAUUCAUAAAGUUUACUUACCUACCUCUGUUGAUUUUUCUUAAGAUCUGAAUUUUCAUAACAUAAACGUACCUAUUUCUAGUUAAUAAUACAGUUUAUUCGGCUAUUUGACUCCUUUACCUGCAGAAAACUAAAUCAAAUAGGACUAAAAUUCUAUACAAUCUCAUUGUGUACACAUAAACUUUUAAAUUUUUCUGGUUAUCAUAAUGAUAAUCGAAAUUUAUUGCAGUUUUCGUACACUUACAAUAGUUUUUUUUUUAAUUCACAUAUUUACCCUGUUUAAUGGCUCGUAGAUACGUAUUUUAAAAUCUUUGUGCAAAAAAUGGUAUAAUUUACCUAAACUAAACUAAAUUGAUAAGACUAAUAUUCAAGCUAUUCUUUCCGUAAUUAUUCAAUUUUCGACAUUUAAUAUUUUUGAAUACUAAUUUUAACUUAACUAAAUUGCACUAAAAUUAGUUAUCUAUUGUUUUGUAAAACUUAAAUUAAUUAUUAUUGGUCAUGUGGUACAAUUCUUAUACCUAAAUGUAUUACUAAGUAUGAAUAGAAAAAUGUAUCAUAAUAUUUUAAUAAUUGAUGUGAAUUAUUGUUAAGGUUAGUCUAAUGACAGUUAAUUUAUAUAAUAGAUCUAUCUUUUUAUAUUAUUAGAAAUCCUUCCCUGUAAAUAACAUUAGUAUGAUUGUGAUAACAUAAUAUUUUUGUUGUAGGUACCUACUGUUCCAAUAAUAAUAAUUGAAAUUACUUAUUUUCAUUUAAGAUAGCUAAGUAUAUUUUACGUUUAUUAUGAAUGUUAAAAAUAGAUAUAAAAUUAUAUCUCAACCAAAUGUUAAAAAUUAUUAAAGUGUUCGCACAUUACAUAGACUCGACGCCGAUUCCACUCGGACUGGAUUCACGGUGAAGUAUGGAAAUAUGAGCUUAGUUACUAGUUGAUCCUUACGGUGGAAUUAUCGACAUUGAAGUGUGUUAUUGAAGAGUACGAAGCGAGGUCUACGCGUCGUAUAUUUCUUUCAAUUAACUAUUGAAAAUUCCACUGUAACACUAAAAUAUAAAGCUCACAUUUCCUUGCUUCACGGGCGUGAGUCGCACAUGAAUCGAGUUGGCGUUGAGUCGACGUCGAAUGUGUGUAAUGAGCGAACAUCUUUAUUAUUAUUACUAUCAAUCAUAUUCAACAAUCAAAGACGUAGGUAAUACAGUCGUAAUACAAUUUUUUUUAAAUUAUAAAUGUGACCGUAUAACAUUCAUUCGAUUUGAAGUUUGAACUAAACAUAGGUAAUCUAACUAGAAAUAAGAAUGAUCUCAAUAUAAUUCAUUUUAAGUCUCGAUAGUAUACUAAUAAAAAUCUUAAGCUUUAAAAAACCUGCAGCCCAAG